AGAGUGGAUAGAAUGUCCAAGCUGACCGCUAUCCAGGUUGACAUUCCUGCUGUCAACUUAUCUCGCCAACCGAUGGCCUGUUGUCCAAUGCUUAUUUCAAUCCUUUUCCGGCCUUCCUUUCGCCCUCUUAUAGGAUCUUUGGUCAAAUGAACACGACAGAUGGCCAUUCCAGGUAUUCUUACGCCUUACCUGAAACCCUCCAUUCAAUCAUCUUUUCUCGGUUGAUAUUUCCGUCUUCCAAUGCAACCAUUCAGCGGUCUCUUUUUUUUCCCCUUGCCCUCCUCACACAAUAAUAUUCCUCAACUUCUCAAGAUUGAGCGCAUUUUCCUCCCCAACCACUCUCCUGCCCUACUAUGUCGUAGGCUAACUCCCCUAGCAACUCUUCAUCUUGUCGAUCUGUCGGCCACUAACUCUCGAUAUCCUCGCCUGUCGGUUUUCUCGCUGGCUUCAUUGGAUCUCGCUGCCCCCACGUUACCUUUGCCCUUCCCCCCCUCUUUUCUCUCUCUCUUUUUCUGCUCUUCUUCUGCUUCCUCGCAUCUCCACUCGCAGGGAAGAUUCGACGGAUUACAUCACUUACAGUUACGCUCCUCUGCACGCUGCAUCUCAACUUCCAUUCCUUCUCUAAUUCUUUCCCCUUCUACCCCUGUUCCCUGUCUGCCUUCCCUGUUCCCCUCCCUUAAUCAUUCAUCUUCGAUGGAGACGGACUCUUCCGUUGCUUCCUGGACUGCAGGAAUUCAGACACUCUGCCCCGUUUCGGCUUUUACUCCUUUCUAUCUUCCGAUCUCGACAGACUGACAGACUAUGCGUGCUAUGCGCAUAGUAUGUGGUUAUGCAAAAGUACCAGGUCACAAAUAGUCACCCUUACCAUCUGCAUGAGAUGUUCCCCCAUCACAGUCACAGCGUACUUGAUCUCGAGUGCUUCACCUUCUUUCUAAUU